AUGUACGUCUUAUUACGCGAAAGCGACAACGGAAUUGGGCGAAAUGAGUACAAUCUCAGCGGAGGCACAUCAGUAGAUGGUACACACGGCGCGGCUGCUGCAGACUGCAGUAUUGUUGCUUAUUGUUGUUGUUGUGCUAUCGGUUGUGGCCGGCGGGGAUGGCGGGGUGGUGAUAGGAGCCAAGGUCGCGACGAUGAUCGACCAACCGCGACGCGAGACGGGCAGAGCUCGCCGCGCCGCAGCGACAGGAAAUGA